AUGGCCUUUGCGGUGACGCCCGUGGCUCCUCUCAGUCAGGGCACGCGACCCGAUACAGAAGUGGGAUCUGAAAGCCCGGAUGUCCCUGAGGCCAACGGUCCUCCGCGCAAAAGGAAGAGGACUCGCAAAGUCCAAGUGGACCGUAAAUUCGACUGCUCGUACGAAGGGUGUGGCAAGAGCUAUUCGCGCGCGGAACAUCUAUACCGCCAUCAAUUAAACCACGCCCCCAAGCAAAUCUACCGGUGCGAUUUUCCCGAGUGCUACCGUUCCUUCGUCCGACAAGACCUCUGCGUCCGUCACCGCGAACGUCACACCACCCAAGGCUCGCAGCUGCAGAAACGUGACCACUUUGCACAGGCUGCUUCUACGAGUACCGGCGGGAUCGCGAAAUCUCAGAUCGUCCAUACUGCGGUCCAGUUACCGCAAAAUGCACCUCCCGUCCUAUCUCCGCCAGACUCUAAACGAGGCUCGACAGGUCCGGAUCAACCUAUCGCUGCGUCGAGCAUUCCCGUUUCUUCGCCGACAUCUAGGGGCUUCAACCGGUUCAGCUACCAGCCCGCCGCUCAACAGCAUGCUCCGACUGCAGAGGUUCCUUACUCCCAACCAUGCGAUUUACCGAACACUCCUAUCACGACCACGACAUUCAAUUCCCCGCCACUGCAGCGUCCGUUGCAAGUUGGUUCCAAUACCCGUCAUGCCCUGAAUGGCUCGCCUACCAACGAGCUGGGUCCUGCACGAUCGGCAGCGUUGGAUGAGCCGCUCGUCUCCAACAGGUCUCAAGAUCUCGGGGCCAGUUACGCGGUAUCAGCUGAUCUGACCGGGUCUUUGGUAAGCCCGUCCGCAUACACUGAUCAAGCGGGCUUACAAAUCCCUGUCGAUGGAUACUCCGACAUCAACAUGGCGCCAGUAACCUCAUCGGCGUCUGCUCCGCUCGAUCAAACAAAUGGCCUAACCCUUGACUCUAUGGCGGGAAUGGCAGUAGGAGAUAUGCAAUUUGACGGGCUCAAUUCUUGUGUCUAUCCGGUCUUUGGCGGUGAAAGCAAUAGAUCUCCUUUCCAUAUGGGCGAUGACUUCACGGCGUGGCUGUUCAAUGAACCGGUGCCUGGGUCAUCGAUGGCUCCGCCGGCAAAUAUGGUGCCCGGCUUUAUGGACGCGCAGAUGCAAAACCAGUUUUUGAUGAGUGACCCAUCAUACGGAAACUUUCUGAACAGUGUCAUCCCAGCUCAUCCGAUGAGUGUGACCAGCAUCCUUGAUCCCGGGUCCCCGCGGGCCAUCAUGUCUGAGGAGAAGCGUCAGGAGCUGCUUGAUCUCAUGUCCACCCGGUUCAAUGAGGCUGCAUAUUCGGCAGUGGCCAAGCGCAAGGAUGCCUUGAUGGACGGUGAUAUGGACGAAGACCGCCACGUCCUUAGUUUGUCGAAGAUGCAAACCUACAUUGGGUCUUACUGGUAUCACUUCCAUGCCCAGUUGCCAAUCCUGCAUCGGCCGACCUUUGUAGCUGAUAAAGCGCCGAAUCUGCUGCUGCUCGCCGUCAUAGCGAUUGGGGCAGCAACGCUGGACAGUAUUCACGGACAGGAAGUCACCGAGGCAGCAUCGGAGCUAGCCGACUUUAUCAUGUGGCAUUUGCGGUGGGAGAUUUUUAUGGAAGGAGAUUUCCGGCCGCCAGCCAAACUCUGGGUCUUUCAAGCGCUGCUGCUCUUGGAGGUCUAUGAGAAGAUGUACUCUACUCGUGCACUCCACGAGCGAGCGCACAUCCACCACGACACCACGUUAACGUUGAUGCGGCGCGGUAGCUCCUUGAUUGGCCGCCAUUCGUUCGACUCUCCUGCAAGCCUGAGAGAUGACCGGCAGGCACGCUCGACCACAGGGUCAACGAUGACUCCGGACUUUGCGGCAGACGACUCAUGGGCGCAUUGGAUCAAAACUGAGGCCACUAGGCGAGUUGCCUUUGCGGCAUUUGUCUUAGAUUCCACCCACGCUACGAUGUUUGGACACUCUGCGAAGAUGGUCGCGCAUGAACUUCGUCUACCACUGCCGUGCGACGAGGCCUUGUGGUCUGCUACUAGUGCUUCAGAAGUGGCUCGGGUGCAGGCGAGUCUACAUGCCAACGGAGUCAGGCCGGUGAUGUUUCUAGACGGGCUCAAAAGGACACUCAACGGACAGCGGGUGCGAACAAACGCAUUUGGAAGAACAAUUCUUAUGGCUGGGCUUCUUAGCGUGAGUUGGCAUAUGAAUCAGCGCGACCUGCAAGUCAGCUCUCUUGGGGUCGCACAUGCCCUAGGAGGUCGAGACAAAUGGAGGUCUGCUCUACUGCGGGCCUUCGACAACUGGCGACGCGAUUUUGACGAGGCACUACAACCAGGCAUGGCCUCGUACCCUAACGGAUAUCGCGGUCGGUACGCGCUCGACGAAGACAACGUGUUUGAGUCCCGUGACGUGCUGCACGGGCUGGCCCAUAUGGCUUCGCACGUUGAUAUCGUAGAUUGCCAGAUCUUCGCCGGAGCUCGUCGACUGAUGGGACGUGCUAUCACCCCGCGGGAUUACAACGCCGCACGCGAGAAGAUGGUCGAGCGCUGGGCUACCAAAGCAUCCGCCCGCGACGCCACCUUUUAUGCUCUCAAGUUCCUCGCUGAAUGUCUUUUGGACCACCAAGGGGCCCAUUAUGAAGGAGAGUUGUAUUGCGGUCGGGAAGAUUACCUUCUGAAUCGACCGUGGGUGAUUUAUGUGGCUGCCCUCGUAGUCUGGUGCUAUGGAUACGCCUUGGAAGGUCCGAUUGCGGGCGCCCCGGCGCUGUCAACGGUCGCGGAGCAGAGGCAAGAUAUGCAGGCAUUCUUGCGCCGUGUGGGCGGUUGUCGGGAGCCGAGCGACCUUGAGACCAUGAAAGGACGAAAUCAGUGCCUUGGACUAUUGAUUAUUUUGCGGGAUGGGUUCACCAACGCCCGAUGGGAGCUAUUGGCUGAAGCUGCAAACCUGCUGGGCAGUUGCAUUGAUAAAUUGAGGGAAGUCUCUCAAUAA